ACACAAACAAGAAGCAAAAACACAAAAUAGACAACUCACUCCCCACUCUCUCACUCACCUCAAACAAUGUGUACCUCACCACCAUUCCACCACCACUUCUUCACCCUCUUCCUCCUUUUCACCACCGUCUCUACCACCACCCCAUUAACCCCAUCUGUCCCUUCAGACGCCGUCUCUCUUCUCAAAUUCAAACUCAAAGCCGACCUACAAAACAACCUUCUUUACAACCUCAAUGAAAACUUUGACUACUGCCAAUGGCAAGGCGUCAAAUGCGUCCAAGGCCGGGUCGUCCGGUUCGUUUUACAAAGCUGUAAUUUAACUGGCCUCUUUGCACCCAACACUUUAUCAAAUCUAGACCAACUUCGAGUCCUGGUCCUUAGAAAUAACUCUCUCACUGGACCCAUUCCUGACCUGUCUAAUCUUACAAACCUCAAAACACUAUUUCUUGACCACAAUGCUUUUUCUGGAACCUUCCCUUUGACUAUUUUUUCACUUCACAAACUUCAUUCACUUGAUCUCGCUCGUAACAACUUAUCCGGUUUACUUCCGGUUCAGCUUAACUCACUUGACCAGCUCAACUAUCUAAAACUAGAAUUCAACCGGUUCACCGGUUCUUUACCCCCACUUAACCAAACCGGUUUAACCGUUUUCAACGUUUCCGGUAAUAACCUCACUGGAUUAAUUCCGGUUACUCCUACUUUAAGUAAAUUUGACACGUCAUCGUUUUUACUAAACCCUAACUUAUGCGGCAAACUAAUUAACAAAAUAUGUGAUUCGAACUCGCCGUUUUUUGAACCACCGUCGGUUUCUGCUCCGGCACCGGUGGUACAAAACGGCGAGUCACAAGGAUUAAUUGUUGCUCCGCCGUCCAGUAGACGGCACAAACGGUUGGGGGUAAUAUUAGGGUUUGUUAUUGCAUUUUUGAUAUUUACUGCGCUUGUUAUAUCGAUUUUUACUGUUUUAAGUAGACGAAAGUAUGAACAUCAGAAGAAGUCGGUUUCCUUUAGUUCAGAUGAAGAUAUAGAACUUGAAAAUGAACCCCCCGAAAAUGUAGCAAAUAAUAGAGUAGUAGCAUUUUCAAGUAAACAUGUUGUUAAAAAUGAAGUUGAAAUAAAAGAGAAGAAAGUGGAAUUACCUCAACAGAACAGGUCGAAAACCGGAAAUUUGAUAUUCUGUGAAGGGGAAACAGCAAUGUAUGGACUAGAACAGCUGAUGUCAGCAUCGGCGGAGUUGUUAGGGAGAGGGACGAUUGGGACGACGUAUAAGGCGGUGAUGGAUAACCAUCUGAUUGUGACAGUGAAGCGGUUAGAUGCAGGGAAGACUGCCAUAACGUCUGGUGAAGCGUUCGAGAAGCAUUUGGAAGCGGUUGGAGGUUUAAGGCAUCCGAAUUUGGUUCCGGUUAGGGCUUAUUUUCAGGCGAAACAAGAGAGGCUUGUUAUAUAUGAUUAUCAACCUAAUGGCAGUUUGUUUAACCUGAUUCAUGGAUCAAGAUCAACGAGGGCGAAGCCACUGCACUGGACAUCUUGCUUAAAAAUUGCUGAAGAUAUAGCACUUGGCCUUGCUUAUAUCCACCAAGCCUCAAGGCUCAUCCACAACAAUCUUAAAUCCACCAACAUUCUGCUUGGUCCUGACUUUGAAGCCUGUCUCACAGACUACUGCCUCUUGGUCCUCGCAGACCCCACUUCUAUUGAUGAAUCAAUUUCCACAGGUUACAAAGCUCCAGAACUGAGAAAAUCCUUCCAUCGAGCCACAACCAAAUCCGAUGUCUACGCCUUUGGAGUCCUCUUGUUAGAGCUUCUAUCGGGUAGGCCUCCUUCCCAGCAUCCACAUCUUGUCCCUGAGGAUAUGGCGGAAUGGGUGAGAGCAAUGAGGGAGAAUGAUGAUAUGCCAAAUGAUAAUAGGCUUGGAAUGCUUGUUGAGGUUGCAGGCGUUUGUAGCUUGACAUCACCAGAGCAAAGGCCGAUAAUGAGACAAGUGUUAAAAAUGUUACAAGAGAUUAAGGAGACUGCUAGCAACGACAAUGAUAGCACGUAUAAUGGAUAUUCAUAGCUACCAAACUCGAAAAACAGCUAGCAGGAAAUUGUUACAUUAUUGUCAAUUGUGGUGUAAUUUUGAACAUGCAACCACAGAACAAUAGGAAGAAAGAAUUGCAGGGACGAACUCCACGGUUUUUGUACAACUUGGUGUUUCAUUUGAAGGAUGAUGCUAGUUUCUUGUGAAAUCCAGUCAUGCGAGCUAGCGUUGGUAUUCAGUUGUAAAGGUAACUGGUUAAGUACUAAAAUUUGAUGUAAGAUCCUUGAAUUUCUCUUAUAUAAUAGAUGUAUAUGAAUGGUUAUUGGA